GUUAAAACGGUGACGUUCGAAACAAAAAACUCUAAAACCCUAGAGCAAACAUAGCGACAGCACCUAUAUAUAGGAUGCAUAAUUUCUCCUAGACCAGGAGAGAAAACAAAGAGAGCUGAUAAAAAUGUCGAAGCGAGGAAGAGGUGGAUCUGCUGGGAACAAGUUCAGGAUGUCGCUGGGUCUGCCAGUGGCUGCGACGGUGAACUGUGCCGACAACACAGGAGCGAAGAAUCUUUACAUCAUUUCGGUGAAAGGAAUCAAGGGCCGCCUCAACCGUUUGCCGUCAGCUUGUGUUGGAGACAUGGUGAUGGCCACCGUGAAGAAGGGGAAGCCCGAUCUCAGGAAGAAGGUCAUGCCAGCCGUCAUUGUCAGACAGCGCAAACCCUGGCGCAGAAAGGAUGGAGUCUACAUGUAUUUUGAAGACAAUGCUGGUGUCAUUGUGAAUCCCAAGGGGGAGAUGAAAGGAUCUGCUAUUACUGGGCCCAUUGGGAAAGAGUGUGCUGAUUUGUGGCCGAGAAUUGCCAGUGCUGCCAAUGCUAUAGUCUGAGAGUGGAUUUCAACCUAUUUGUUUUCAUAGUUUGUUUGUCACCUUAUGAUAUAUGAUGAACUGGAAGCAUUAUUUUUGUUGUGAUGUUUCUUUUAUGUUAGGACAUAAUGAAAUGUGUCAGAUAAUCAAUUGUUUUCUUUUUCUAAA